AUGACAAGGACCAACAAAUGGACGGUGCAUGAGUCAAAAGCUGACUCGCGUUUCUUCACACACAAUGGAUUUUACGGCACGUCUCCAAAAAACGUCAAGAAGGACGGUUCCGGUAGAGGCAACUGGGGGAAGCCUGGCGAUGAAAUCGAGGAUUUGAUUGAUGCUGGUGAGAUUCCUCCUGUCUUUAACAAGGGACGGAGGGGUUCUAAUACACGAGCACGUGAAGCACAGUUGGAACAGGUUCAACGGUAUAAAGUUUAG